AAUGUCAUUCCUUUGCUGUGUGGUGCAAUGUUUGAUGUGAAUGUUUGGAUGUACGGUGUAAGAUUUUCCCGGAAGCAACCGUAUGCCGACGUUUCAUAGCUCACAAAUAUUCAGACGGUCUCGUAGACGAGUGAACCGUAUUUAGUUGGCGACUACAUUAACUUCCGGUACGCCACUUGUUUUGAAAUGUGAAGCCGGACGUCCGCGUCUGCCUUCCUGUCGUUGACUUGAUGUGGGCUGAAGAGGGAGCGGCUGGUGGUCGAGGAACGUUCGCGCGGAACCGGAGAGAAAGCGCGAGAAGAGCAGCCGACGGCUGGAUGACGAUAUUAGGUUAAGAUGCGUGAAUAUAAGCUGGUGGUUUUAGGAUCUGGCGGCGUUGGCAAGUCUGCUUUGACAGUCCAGUUUGUUCAGGGAAUCUUUGUCGAGAAGUACGACCCCACAAUAGAAGAUUCCUACCGCAAGCAAGUGGAGGUGGAUUGCCAGCAGUGCAUGUUGGAGAUCUUGGACACGGCAGGCACAGAGCAGUUCACAGCCAUGCGCGACCUGUACAUGAAGAACGGUCAAGGCUUCGCUUUGGUUUACUCCAUCACGGCUCAGUCCACCUUCAAUGACCUUCAGGACCUGCGAGAGCAAAUCCUCCGUGUCAAGGACACAGAUGAUGUUCCGAUGAUCCUGGUGGGCAACAAGUGCGACCUGGAGGUGGAGCGUGUGGUGGCCAAAGAGUCGGGCGUGGGCCUCGCUCGCCAGUGGAACUCCUGCGCCUUUCUCGAGACCUCCGCCAAGAGCAAGAUCAAUGUCAAUGAGAUUUUCUAUGAUCUAGUGAGACAAAUCAACAGGAAGAGUCCAGUUCCUGGGAGAACUCGCAAAAAGUCCACUUGUCAACUCCUCUAAUGGUAGUGUCACAGCUGUGCUUACCUGUACGCCAUCAACCAAGCAACCAAUCAGAGGAUUUCUUCCAACUUGCCCCGCCCCAGCUACAUGAUCAUCAUCAAGUCUGUCGCCAGGACAACCUCGUCUACCAUGCUUCCCCGUCCUCUCCUCUGUUGCCUUGGAAACCAAACAUCAAAAGACUGUCAUGAGGAUGAAGAUGGGCUGCCCAGAUGUUUCAGCUUCUUGCUCUUUUUUCUUUUUCCUUUUUUUUUUAAGUCUUUCAGACUCGAUGUGCAAAGUUUUGAUGUCAUGACCAACAUGGCUGACUUUAAGUGCGCGUGUGUGAGUGUGUGGCUCUAGUCGUACAGCAUUUGUCAAAUGUUGCUUAUUUUGCUCAUGUGAUUUUAUUUGUUUUUUUUAGGGGGAGAGAGCGGCAAUGCGGCAGCAAUAGUUUUUGCCAUGAGCUCACUGUGUUAGCACGCAGCUAACCUCAGCACCUCGGUUAGCCGUUAGCGGCAUACUUUAACCUCCACUUUUUAAUGACAACAGUGGCAACCUUGACGAUAUUAGCAUCUAACGGGUUAGCUCACGCUUUAACAUUGACGCAUGUGGCCGUGAGUGCCGCGCCGUUCUGUCUUUAGCGCUCGGCAUUGCUACAUGGGUGGCUGUUAGUGACGUGUUUUUGGCUUACUGUUUUGAAAAACUGCCAACAGCGGGCACGUUACGAAAAAUGUCUUUCGCCACAUGGAAUAUUACUUAUGAUGUUAGCUCGUGUGUGGCAUUGCUCCUGUUAGCGGUUAGCGGCUUGUUUGGUUUGUUUUUUUUUCCCCUCUGCCUUCUAACGACGACUCCCAGUACCGCCGUUGACAAUGUUACAGAAACAGUUAUUUUGGCCCCACCCUCAUUAUUUUGCUUGAUGGUAGGUUAGCUUGUGUGUGACCGCUAGCUGUUAGCGAUGACUUUGAGCCCAGAUGGACUGCCGUCGCUUCCUGCGGCGAACAUGUUGCCUUUCAUGACGUAUUUACGGACAUUAAGUAUACACAAGACACGCACGUGAGACAGGAAGAGUUUGUGUUGCUAUUUUGUUGUUCAUGAUGAUGAUUGUGUAGUGGGAUCGUUGCGCCGCUUUUUACUCCUUGGCCUUUUGUGUCAUUUUGUGCUCGACGCAUCACCUCGGUGUUGAUGCAAGAGGAGAUUGUUGAAGCCACUAAAAGCCUUUUAAGUCUUCAAA